GGGUGAGAUCAAUGGUCACAAACCCAAUACUCUUCCACUGGUCAAUAUGUUAACCACUAUUGGUCAGUCUUUUAGUGCUGUAGUGGACAUGGCCUUAGGAUAUUUAAUUCAGCAAAUGAUCCAGUCAAUAGAGGACGCCACCAGUCCCCAUUUCAUCAGUGCCUCCCUCAGUCACCUGAUCAGCCUGGGUCUGGAAGGAGAACACAUGUGCUUUCUAAUUGCUAGGGAGGGAGGAGUGAGAGUUUUGUUUGAAGUUUGUCGCCAGAGCAAGUUUGAAUUUGCUCAUUCCCAAGCUCUGAGGGCAAUAGCCACUGUCUGCUGUGUGUCAGAGAGCAUACUGGAACUAGAAAAGGCUGCGGGUGUGGAGUGCUUGACUGACAUCUUGUGUAAUGAGGGUACCACAGAACACCUGAGGUCGGAGGCAGCUGGGGUGGUGGCACAAAUAACAUCACCUUGCCUGGAUCACAACCAACACAUCUCAGGGUUUAUAGAAAAUAUGGAGGAUCUCAUACAGGCUCUUUUAAAGUUAUGUAUGCAGACACAUAGUCAUGAGGUAUUCCUCCUGGCCACUGCUGCUAUUGCCAACAUCACCUUCAUGGACAGCAUGGCCUGCGACUCCCUCAUGCAGUUUGAUGCAGCAAGAAUCAUGAUUGAGGCUUGUCAAGUCAAUAAAGCCGAAUCCAUGUUUGCCAAAGAUCAGGUUGCCACUAUUCUAGCCAAUAUGGCAGUCCUAGAAAACUGCAGUGCAGAAAUAACCGAGAACAAUGGAAUGGAGUUA